CUUUCCUUUUCCCACCGCGGAAAGGGAGCGGGGGGAGGAAGGGGAAGGGGAAGUUGCUUUCCUGUUUGACAGCCCUUGGGUUGCUAAGCUCGCCGUGCUUUACGGCCGCCCGCAGCCACCGCGAGAGCGUCGUGAGGAGAAUGAGGCCGGCGCCAGGCGUUGGUGUUUCUCUGACUGCCGUGAGUCUGCCUGGAUAGAAUGGACCCUGUUGUCCUAAGUUACAUGGACAGUUUGCUGAGACAAUCAGAUGUCUUGUUGCUGGAUCCUCCCUGCUGGCUCAACGACCACAUUAUCGGGUUUGCCUUUGAGUACUUUGCCAGCGACCAGUUCCAAGACUUCUCCGAUCAAGUGUGCUUCGUUGGCCCCGAGGUGGCUCAGUUCAUCAAGUGCACGAGCAGCCAAGAGGAGCUGGCCUUAUUUCUUGAGCCUUUGAACCUCCUCCACAAGAAAAUAGUGUUCCUGGCCAUCAACGACAACUCCAGCCAGGCUGCUGGCGGCACACACUGGAGCCUACUAGUUUACUUCCAAGACAAAAACCGCUUUGCUCACUAUGAUUCCCACACCAGGAGCAACUCUGCCCAUGCCAGACGGGUAGCAGGGAAUUUGGAGGUCUUUCUCGGCAAGAAAGGCAAAGUUGCCUUUGUAGAGGAGAAGGCCCCUGCCCAGCAGAAUAGCUAUGACUGUGGGAUGUACGUAAUCUGUAACACAGAAGCUCUGUGUCAGGAAUUUUUCCGGGGACAGCAGGAGCCAGUGCUUCAGCUCCUUACUCCCUCCUACAUAACAGGCAAGAGAGAAGAAUGGAAGGAACUCAUUGCUAAGCUGUCCCAGAAGUGACCUGCCAAUCUCCAAUUAUUGUCGUUCUUGUCUUGCUCUCAGUGUCUGAGGGGCGGGAAGCUUGUACAUAGGGUUUUCCUAACAGAAAGAAUGUAUUUACCUCUGUGUUUCUGCACUGCCUUAUUCUGCUGCUGAUCAGAAUAGAGCUGAGUCGUAGGAAAGUUACAUGUCUUCCCUGAAGUGUUGGGCAGUUCUGGCUUUGGCCAUUUAUCCCACCCCUUUCCAAUAUCCCAAAAAGUUCUCACAACACCCAAAUUCUUUGUCUGUGAUCAAUUUUCAGUGAAGUCAGUGACAUUGUAUAUUUCUGCCUUUAUUCAAUUGUUUCAGCCAUCUUUCAAAACUCAUGCAGAAACCAUCAGAAGUCAGAUAAGAUGUUACAGUGGUACCAGCCGUCUUGUUUCAGAACUCUCCAAAAUAAUUGUUCCUGCUUUUCUGAAUAAGGAUUGUUGUAGUAAACGUUUUGGCUACCUUGAGAAAACUGUUCAUAUCAGUAUGAUGACAAAGAAUUUCUAUAUUGUAAACCUUGCUGGCAAGAAAUACUGUAGUUUCUGCUGUUCAGUUUCUAGCAGUACUUCGUGCAUCACUUUGAUGUGUUUAGCUGGACUUAGUUCCUAGAACUAAGGAUUCCUGGAUACACUUAUGAAAACAGGAGGGCAUGAGAGCAAUUUUGUAUAUCUGCAUUUAUUAGGAGCACGGAUUGGCUUUGAUUUCCACUACAACAGCAAGUGCAUAGCAGCUUGCUUCAUUCUGCUCCAUGCCUUGUGGGGAGUAAGUUGGGAAUCUGAAACUUAGAAAAGCAGCGUAUUGGUAACAAAAGAAAGCAAUGGAUUCAUUAGUCCUCUUGAUGUGUCUCCUGCUUGCAGUUACUCUUCACCUGUAACAAUAUGUGGGGUGGUAAGGGAGCUAUCCUUGGCUGCAUAUGAAACCCUUCUCUUGCUGGGUAACAUUGGAUUGCUUCCUUCUGUGAAACAUGCAGCUUUGCUUUAAAAAAGUAAGUGGACCUAUCCUGUUGGAUAGCAUACCCUGGUGGGUGGUGGAGCCCAAAAGGCUGUAUCCCUCAUUUUUCCUGCUUGCUUUUAUUUAUUUAUUUUGUUAUUUACCAAGGAAUAAUGCCUUAGCCGCACAUCCUAUUUCCUAAUGCUGUACAAGGAAACACAGCAAACAAGUUCUUCAAUUAUUCAAGUGUGUGAUGGCACUGUUGGGGCAGAAAAGCUUUAAUCAUUUUUUCAUUGCACAUGUGUAGAGAGGACGUCUGAUGACUUUUACUCCAUUUGGGAAAAUCUGCAGCCAAAAAUAAAGAGAACUGUCACUUCAAA